AUGGACCUCGACGACGACCCUGGCCCCACGAACGCGAAGGUGGAUAUCGUGUCCCAGGAGCUCGCGGAAGAGACGCCAUUUCAGCAGCUUCUCAGACACUGGAUGAACGAAAGGCACGCACCAGACAUUCUGCAUGCUCAGGAGGGCUUGUUGGGCAGGUUGUUGGACCACAUCAAGAAGCAGACGGACGAUGUGCAGCUGCUCCGCGCAGACCCAGACACCAGCGAGGACGAGCACUUUCGGAUUAUGCUCGUCCAGACCGAAAUCGAGCGCGUCAAAUUUAUCAUCCGGUCUUAUGUCCGUACGCGGCUCCACAAGAUUGAAAAGUACGCACGAUACAUUGUCGCGACGCCGGAGAUGCACGAACGGCUAACACAGGCAGAGCUCGAUCAUGCAAGGCACUACGCCACACUGACCGAGACUCACUUCACGCGGGCUGUCCUUCAGGGCUUACCCGAUGAACAACGGUCACUGGAUGACCAAGUACCCUUCCUUCCACCAAUGCUAUCACAACCUGACAAGACCCGUGCUGUCUUUGCGCACGCGCUUGUAUCAUGUCCGCCAGUGCACCUACCCGAUGGCUCUGUGAUGGAGAUGACCCGCGGACAGAUCUCACUCACACCUUAUCACGUCGUUGAGCAGCUCCUCAUGCGUGGUGAGGUUGAGCUCGUGUGA